GAUGUUGUUGCCUCCAAGUUUUGAAUUUUCAAAGUGUUUCUCUUCAUUCAAGCGUCGACACGAAUUAGUGCAGCCAGGCAGCAGCUUAGGUGGUGUAGUUGGUUAGCUAACGUUAAUUAAAGACGUCUUCGAUAAGUUAUUGAAAGCAGUAACGUUAAAUAUAAGAAGAAUGGCUGAACCACUGAAGCAGACGUUCUUUGAAAACAAGCCGGUGGAGAAGACGAAGAAAGAUCCAAAGCGCAUGUCUGUGGAGAGGAUCUAUCAGAAGAAGACGCAGUUGGAGCACAUUUUGCUCCGACCGGACUCCUACAUCGGCUCUGUAGAGCCUGUCACUCAACAAAUGUGGGUGUAUGAUGAGGAAGAGGGACUGAACUGCCGUGAAAUCUUGUUUGUGCCUGGGCUUUACAAGAUUUUUGAUGAGAUCCUUGUAAAUGCAGCUGACAAUAAGCAGAGGGACAAGAGCAUGUCCUGUAUCAAGAUCAACAUUGAUGUUGAGAACAACACCAUCAGUGUGUGGAAUAAUGGAAAGGGUAUUCCUGUGGUGGAGCACAAGGUGGAGAAGGUGUACGUGCCUGCUCUCAUCUUUGGACAGCUCCUCACCUCCAGUAACUACGAUGAUGACCAGAAGAAAGUCACUGGUGGACGCAAUGGAUAUGGUGCUAAGCUUUGCAACAUUUUCAGCACAAAGUUCACUGUAGAGACUGCCUGUAAACAGUCAAAGAAGUCCUUCAAGCAGACUUGGCAUGACAACAUGGGCAGAGCAGGGGAUUAUAAGAUCAAACCCUUUGAGGGAGAGGAAUACACUUGCAUCACCUUCAGUCCCGACCUGGCCAAGUUUAAAAUGAGCAUCCUGGACAAAGACACAGUGGCUCUGAUGACCAGGAGGGCCUACGACAUCGCUGGAGCCUCCAAGGGUGUCCGUGUGUUCUUCAAUGGCAAGAAGCUGCCACUUACAGGUUUCCGUAGCUACGUGGACAUGUAUCUGAAGGACAAGGUGGACGAGCUCGGCGGCGCCCUCACCGUGAUCCACGAGGUCGUCAACGAGCGCUGGGAGGUCUGCCUCACCAUGAGCGAGAAAGGUUUCCAGCAAGUCAGCUUUGUCAACAGUAUUGCCACAACCAAGGGAGGGAGGCACAUUGACUAUGUUACAGACCAGGUGGUUAGCAAGCUCAUUGACGUGGUGAAGAGGAAGAACAAAGCUGGGGUGGUCAUCAAGCCUUUCCAGGUGAAGAACCACCUGUGGCUGUUUGUCAAUUGCCUGGUUGAGAACCCCACCUUUGAUUCUCAGACCAAAGAGAACAUGACACUGCAGCAUAAGAGCUUUGGAUCCACUUGUUCUCUCAGCGACAAGUUCAUUAAACAGGCCACAACCUGCGGGGUUGUGGAAAGCAUCAUGAACUGGGUGAAGUUCAAGGCUCAGACCCAGCUCAACAAGAAAUGCUCAAGUGUUAAACACACAAAGAUCAAGGGGGUGCCUAAACUGGACGAUGCCAACGAUGCAGGUGGGAAGAACUCCAUCGGCUGCACGCUGAUCCUCACUGAGGGAGACUCAGCCAAGACACUCGCUGUGUCUGGGCUCGGAGUGGUCGGCAGGGACCGCUAUGGCGUCUUCCCUCUCAGAGGAAAAAUGCUCAACGUCCGGGAGGCCACACUCAAACAGAUCAUGGAGAACGCUGAAAUCAACAACAUCAUCAAGAUCCUCGGCCUUCAGUACAAGAAGAACUACAGCGACCCAGAUUCCCUCAAGACACUGCGUUACGGCAAGCUGAUGAUCAUGACAGAUCAGGAUCAAGACGGCUCCCACAUUAAGGGCCUGCUAAUCAACUUCAUCCACCACAACUGGCCAUCGUUGCUGCGCCACAACUUCCUGGAAGAGUUCAUCACCCCCAUCAUCAAGGUAACUCUCAAGAAAACUCAGCUGUCCUUCUACAGUAUCCCCGAAUUCAACGUAUGGAAGGAGAGCCAGGCCAACUACAAAUCUUGGAAAACAAAAUACUACAAAGGUUUGGGAACCAGCACAUCGCAGGAAGCCAAGGAGUACUUCUCUGAUUUUGAGAGACACCGUAUCCCAUUCAAGUACGGCGGACCUGAAGACGAUGAAGCUAUUACCCUUGCCUUUAGCAAGAAGAAAGUGGAUGAGCGGAAAGAAUGGCUGACCAACUUCAUGGUCAACAGACGCCAGCGUAGGGCUCACAACCUGCCUGAUGAGUUCCUGUACGGUCUGUCCACCACGUCCCUCUCGUACAACGACUUCGUCAACAAGGAGCUGGUACUUUUCUCCAACUCUGACAACGAGAGGUCAAUCCCCUGCAUGGUGGACGGUCUGAAACCAGGCCAGAGGAAGGUGCUGUUUAGUUGCUUCAAGAGGAACGACAAGCGGGAGGUGAAGGUGGCCCAGCUGGCUGGCUCGGUGGCUGAGAUGUCAGCCUACCACCAUGGAGAGAUCUCUCUGAUGAUGACCAUUGUAGGUUUGGCCCAGAACUUCGUGGGAAGCAACAACUUGAACCUGUUGCAGCCUUUGGGUCAGUUUGGAACCAGGUUGCACGGCGGCAAGGACUCUGCCAGCCCUCGAUACAUCUUCACCAUGCUCAGCUCUCUGACCCGCCUUGUUUUCCCAACUGUGGAUGGCAACCUGCUCAAGUAUAAUGUCGAUGACAACCAGCGCGUAGAGCCGGAGUGGUACAUUCCCAUCAUCCCCACUGCGCUGGUGAACGGCUGUGAAGGUAUCGGCACAGGCUGGGCCAGCAGGAUGCCCAACUACGACAUACGAGAGAUCGUCAGCAACAUCCACCGCAUGCUCAAUGGCGAUGAGCCUCUGCCAAUGCUUCCAAACUACAAAGGCUUCAAAGGCACAAUUGAGCAGGUGGUGGACAACCAGUUCAUCAUCAGCGGAGAGGUGGCCAUCAUCGAUUCCACCACCAUUGAGAUCUCUGAAUUGCCCGUCAAAACCUGGACACAGACCUACAAGGAGAACGUGCUGGAGCCAAUGCUGAACGGCACAGAGAAGGUCCCCUCUCUGAUCACAGACUACAGGGAAUACCACACCGACACCACCGUGCGCUUCGUGGUCACAAUGACGGCAGAUAAGCUGAGCGAGGCGGAGGCUGCUGGCCUCCACAAAGUCUUCAAACUUCAGAACACCCUCACCUGCAAUUCUAUGGUUCUGUUUGACCACGUGGGCAGCCUGAAGAAGUAUGAGUCUGCGCUGGAUGUUCUCAAGGACUUCUUUGAGUUGAGGAUGAAGUACUACGGGCUGAGAAAGGAUUGGUUGAUCGGCAUGCUGGGGGCAGAAGGUGCUAAACUCACCAACCAGGCCCGCUUCAUCCUGGAGAAAGUCCAGGGAACCUUGGUCAUUGAGAACAAGCCGAAGAAGGAGCUGAUUCGCAUGCUGCAGGAGAUGGGCUACGACUCUGACCCAGUCAAGGCUUGGAAACAGGCCCAGGAGAAGAAUGUGGAGACGGUGGAGGAAGAGACGGAAGAGACGGAGGAGGAGGACACCAGCGGGCCAGACUACAACUACCUGCUGAAUAUGCCCAUGUGGUACUUGACCAAAGAGAAGAAAGACGAGCUUUGCCGACAGAGGGACGCCAAGUUGACAGAGCUGGACACCCUGAAGAAGAAGUCUCCAGCAGACAUGUGGAAGGAAGACCUGGCUGCUUUCUGCGAGGAACUGGAGAACAUUGAGGCAAAAGAAAAGGAGGUCGCCGACAUGCCUGUCGUUAAAAAAGGUGGAAAGGGCAGAAAGCUGAAGGUGAAGCAGGAGACUCUGCCCACGCCGCAGGGUCGCCGUGUUGUCCCGCGCAUUUCCAGCACCAUGAAAGCUGAACUUAACAAGAGGGCUGAUGUUAAGAAAGGAGAAGGCAAGAGGGGCAAAAAAAUCAAGAGUGAAGAUGUAGUGAUGAAGAUGGAGUUUGGAGACGAUGCGGAGAACGCAGAGCCAAGCGAGGAGGUGGGCUUGGCUGCACGACUGAGCAAGAAAACUAAAACCCAGCCAAAGGAAAAAGCAGCAUCAAAGACCGGCAAGCAGAGCACUCUUCGGUUCACACCCGUUGCCAAGGAGCCCAAGAAUAAUCCAUGGUCGGACGAAGACGCCAGUCUGUCCGACAUGGAGGCAGAGGAAGUGGUCGCCCCCAGGGAGAAGGUCAAACGCAAAACUAAAGCUGCGGUGAAGUACAACUUGUCCGACAGUGAAGACGAAUUUGAUGACUGGGGAAAGAAGGACGCUCCAAAACGGAAAGCCGCUAUCAGUGAUGACGAUGACAGCUUUUUGCCCGAGCCCACUGCGGAGAGCGACGCCGACUCUCCAGCCCCGUCCCCCAAAGCUCCAGAACCCAAGAAGAAAACGUCAAAGAGCAAACCGACAGCUAAACAAGCUAAAUCCAAGUCGAGCUCUCAGUCCGACGAUCAGGCGCCUCCAGCCAAGGCUCCAGUUCAACGUAAAACUAAGGAGGCUGCACCCAAAAAACCCGCCGCUGCCAGGAAACCAGCUGCAUCCAAGAAGAAGGCUGCAGAUGUGAAUCAGCCGUCCGUCUUGGAUGCUUUUUCUAAGUCCAAACCUGCGUCCACCACGGCUGCUAAGAAGGUUCAACCUUCGUUCGACUCCGGUGACUCAGAGGGUGAAGUCAAAGCUCCAGUUACAAAGACGAAGCCAGUGAUCAAACGCAAACAGGCCGCCAGCAACGACUCCGACAGCAGCUCAGGAGACCUCAUGUCACGCCUCAAGGCCAAAACAACCGCCAGCAAGAAAACCAAGAGGUGGGAUGAGGACGACGACAGCUUCCAGGUUUCAGACCAGGAGACGGCAGCAGCAGCAGCUCCCGCGGUAAAGCGGGACAAGCCCUCACGCGCCCGCAAACCUGUAGCCUACAUCCUGGACUCUGACUCGGAUGAUGACCUUUAAAUUUUACUCUCCAAGUCAGUUUUAGAUUUUGUAUUAAAGACAGGUUCUCAGCCAGUCUUACAUGUAGUUUGUGCCAUGUGGUUAAUAUGGCUUCGUUUUCAUCACUUGAAGGAUGGUUGCAUUUACGCUUGUGGAUGGUCUGAUUCAUUGUACCUGUCAAAUAGCAGAAGUAUAUACAAAAAAAAAAUACUCGUGUGUUACACCCGGUGUGCAUUUCCAGUUUUAGUCUUAGGAUUCUUGAUAUGUGUUUUGUCUUGUCCUGUAAAUAUUUCAAUGGCUGUUUCAUUUUAUAUUGAGAAAAAUAAAGUUAACUUGCUUGU